UGCUCUCAAUAUAUAUAGAGCGGGUUAGAGGCAUUAAUGCAUAGUAUAGCAACUUCAAGAAACACAAAAUUAAACAAUGGAGUUGAUCAAUGGAGAGAGCACAAAUGAGCUUCUCCGAGCUCAUGCUCACAUAUGGAACCACACAUUCAACUUCGUAAAAUCCAUGUCACUAAAAUGUGCAAUUGAGUUAGGCAUUCCAGAUAUCAUUCACAGCCAUGGCCAACCCAUGACUCUUUCUGACCUAGUUUCUGCUCUAAAAAUCCCCCAAUCAAAAUCUCACCAUAUCCAUCGUCUUAUGCAGGUUCUUGUUCAGUCGGGCUUCUUUUCGUUGCAGAAAGUUAGCGACGAAAAUGGGUAUUUGCUUACUCAAUCCUCUCUUCUCCUCGUAAAAGAACACCCUGUAACUGCUCGACCAUACGUUCUUGCAGUUCUUGAUCCUAUUCUUACAAAACCAUGGCAUUUCUUAUCUUCUUGGUUUCAAAACACUGAUGAUAAGGAAACGACGCCAUUUAGUGUUGCACAUGAGCAAAAAUUUUGGGAUCUUGCUAGUAAUGAAGAUAGGUUUAAUAAAUUUUUUAAUGAAGCCAUGGCUAGUGAUAGCUCAAUAGUUAAGCAAGUUGUGAUUAGCAAUUGUAAGGAAGUUUUUAAGGGGUUGAAGUCACUUGUUGAUGUGGGAGGCAACACAGGAGCUAUGACAAAAGCCAUUGCUGAAACAUUUCCAAACUUGAAGUGUACUGUAUUGGAUCUUCCACAUGUGGUUGCGGGGUUGAAGGGUACCAAAAACUUGAAUUAUAUUGGAGGAAACAUGUUUGAGUUUAUUCCUCCUGCUGAUGCAAUCCUGCUAAAGAUGAUAUGUCAUAUAUUGGAUGAUGAAGAUUGCCUGAAGUUGCUAAAGAAAUGCAAAGAGGCAGUAAUGAAUAAUGAAGAGGGGUCAGGGAAGGUAAUAAUCAUAGAUAUAGUAAUGGAAAGCCCAAACUGGGUUGACAAGGCAACUGAAACUAUACAGCUCUACGAUUUGGAGAUGUUGGUCCUUGUCUCUGGUCAAGAGAGGAAUGAGAAGGAUUGGGCUAAACUCUUCUUUGAUGCUGGAUUCAGCAACUACAAGAUAAACCCAGUUCUUGGCCUAAGAUCUAUUAUCGAAGUUUUUCCUUGAAACUACAGCUUUUAUUUUCCAUCUCUAGUAAAAUAAAGCCAUGGCUAUAACUUUAGUUAUACAUCCAUGUUAUAUAAACAAUAAUUGUAUGAGAUUCCCUCUUGGGUAAAAAAUAAAUUUCACUUGUUCUUUUUUCA